AUGUCAGCUUCCUUAGUCCAGGUCACUGUCCCAGCUGUGAGCAAGCAGAAGCUGCAGCCAAUCCAGGCCGCCCUCACCCUGACACCUUCAGCAGUGAACAAGAUAAAACAACUUCUUAAAGAUAAGAUGGAACAUGUAGGCAUGAAAGUCGAUGUCCGAACCAGAGGGUGUAAUGGCCCUUCUUACACUCUAGAAUAUACAAAAACAAAAGGAGAUUCUGGUGAAGAAGUUGUUCAAGACGGAGUGAGAGUAUUCAUUGAAAAGAAAGCACAGCUAACACUUCUAGGAACAGAAAUGGACUAUGUGGAAGGCAAAUUAUCCAGUGAGUUUGUGUUUAAUAACCCAAACAUCAAAGGAACUCGUGGCUGUGGGAAAAGCUUUAAUAUCUGA